AUGGAUGGGCACCACAAACUCUGGAUCCAGGGCGGUGACCCCAGGGAUGAAGUCACCAGAAAACUCUGGAUCCAGGGCGGUGACCCCAGGGAUGAAGGUACCAGAAACUCUGGAUCCAGGGCGGUGAGGCUGUUUGAAGCCUGUGUCAGGUCCGGGCUUCCCAUCGCCUAGGAGUCUCCCCCCCCCCCCCUCAAUAGGGGGUGUGUCCACUGAGCCAUGGAGCUAAUUUCAAUAGGGGGUGUGUCCACUGAGCCAUGGAGCUAAUUAAAAUAGGGGGUGUGUCCACUGAGGGGGUGCAAACAUAUUUUUUCCCACCACUUAUUUUAGAGCUGGUCUGUUAUUUCAAAUCAGAUCAAAUCAAAUGGUAUUGGUCACAUACACGUGUUCAACAGAUCAAAUCAAAUCAAAUUUUAUUGGCCACAUGCGCCGAAUACAACAGGUGCAGACAUUACAGUGAAAUGCUUACUUACAGCCCUUAACCAACAACGCAUUUAUUUCUUAAUAAAAAAGUAAAAUAAAACAACAACAAAAAAAGUGUUGAGAAAAAAAUAGCAGAAGUAAAAUAAAAUAACAGUAGGGAGGCUAUAUAUACAGGGGGGUACCGGUGCAGUAAUAUUGUUGGUAACAACAUGUGUUUAGCAGAUGUUAUAGCGGGUGAUAACAGUAGGGAGGCUAUAUAUACCAGGGGGGGUACCGUGUGCAUUAAUGUUAUUGGUAACAACAUGUGUUUAGCAGAUGUUAUAGCGGGGUGAUAACAGUAGGGAGGCUAUAUAUAUACAGGGGGGUACCGGUGCAGUAAUGUUAUUGGUAACAACAUGUGUUUAGCAGAUGUUAUAGCAGGUGAUAACAGUAGGGAGGCUAUAUAUACAGGGGGGUACCGGUACAGUAAUGUUAUUGCGGGUGUAGUGAAAUGCUUGUGCUUCUAGCUCCGACAGUGCAGUAAUAGCUAACAAGUCAUAUCUAACAAUUUCACAACAUAUACCCAAUACCAAACCUAAAUAGUAAGAAUCCGAAUAAAGAAUAUAAAAAAUAUUAAAACAAAAGGACUAAUACGUAAUAGUAUAGAAUACAGUUAAAACUAUAGAGAGUAAUGCAAGAUAGUAAAAAUUAUUAAAAUGACUAGGUUUUCCUUUUUUAAAAGGAGUUUUUUUUAAACUAAAUAGGAAGUUUUAAUUUUCAGUAAGCAUUUAAAACAGUUUUUCCAGUAGAAUGUUUUUCAGUCUUCUCCCCUUUGUGGCAUGAAAGGAAUGCAAAAAAGUGGCUUUGGUUUUUUCCUUUUUUUUGGCCCCGUGACAAAUUUUGUUUGGCCAGGGGUGGUAGUUUUUCCCCCUGAAGGCCCCCAUUUUAAAGGGGCUUUAUGUGGAAAAGAAACUUUUUUGUUUGGUUCAAACCCCUUUGAUUGAUUAGACUCGUCCUAAGUCGGGGGAGGGGAGGAAGCAAGCAGUGGGGGCCCGGGGUGGUCCAAUGGGGUUUUUUUUCCCCCUUACCUGGGGGCGGGUUGGGACCGGCCCCUUUUCCCCGGGGGCAGGACCCUCACUUAAAAGUACUUGGGGGGGUUUGGUUUGUGGGUAAUCAAGACCCUUUUUUUGGGUUUUUCCCUUUUUCAAUGGGGUGGGGGUUGAGGGGGAUGGGGGCCAAACGUGGGGGGGGAAGGGGGAAGGAAAAUGGGGGGGUCCCAGGGGGGUCAGGAAAAAAGGGAGGUGUUGUCCUUACCUUCAAACCUUUUUGGGGGGGCUAAGGGGAAUCCAAACAGUCCGCCGGGGGCAGGGGAAAGGGGGCCCCCAAGGGGCAGCAAGGGGUGGGGGGGUUGAGGGGGGUUAAAAAAAGGUGGGUUUCAAAAGCCUUUGGGGGCCUAGGGUCCAUUGGGCGGGGUUCUUAAAAUGAAAAUUUUUCCCCCCUGGCCAGAAGGGAUAAGUUUGGAGGGGGGGUUUGGGGACUGUAAAUCCCCAAAUGGGGGGGGGAUGGGAAGCAAAGAAGUGGGGUUUUGGGUUUUCCUUUUGUAGUCCGUGAUUGUCUGAAGACCCUGUCACAUAUGUCUCAUGUCUGAGCCGUUGAAUUGCGACUCCACUUUGUCUCGAUAUUGAUGUUUUGCCUGUUUGAUUGCCUUGCGGAGGGAAUAACUACACUGAUUGUAUUCUGCUAUAUUCCCAGUCACCUUGCCAUGGUUAAAUGUUUUCAGUUUUGCGCGAAUGCUGCCAUCUAUCCACGGUUUCUGGUUAGGGUAGGUUUUAAUAGUCACAGUGGGUACAACAUCUCCUAUACACUUCCUGAUAAACUCAGUCACCGUAUCAGUAUAUACGUCGAUAUUAUUCUCUGAAGCAACCUGGAACAUAUCCCAGUCCGCGUGAUCAAAAAAAUCUUGAAGUGUGGGUUCCGAUUGGUCAGACCAGCUUUGAAUAGUCCUUAGCACGGGUACUUCCUGUUUGAGUUUCUGCCUAAAGGAAGGGAGGAGCAAAAUGGAGUCGUGGUCAGAUUUGCCGAAAGGAGGGCAGGGGAGGGCUUUGUAUGCAUCCCGGAAGUUGGAGUAGCAGUGGUCGAGUGUUUUAGCAGCGCGAGUACUACAGUCGAUGUGUUGAUUGAACUUCGGUGGCCUUUUCCUCAAAUUUGCUUUGUUAAAAUCUCUGCCUACAAUAAAUGCAGCCUCAGGAUAUGUGGUUUCCAGUUUGCAUAAAGCCCAGUGAAGUUCUUUGAGGGCCGUCGUGGUAUCGGCUUGAGGGGGGAUAUACACAGCCGUGACUAUAACCAAAGAAAAUUAUCUUGAGAGAUAAUACAGUCGGCAUUUGAUUGUGAGGUAUUCUAGGUCAGGUGAACAAAAGGACUUGAGUUCCUGUAUGUUAUCACAAUUACACCAUCAGUCGUUAAUCAUAAAACAUAUACCUCUGCCAUUCUGCUUCCCGGAGAGUUAUUUAUUCCUGUUUGCGCGAUGAACUGAAAACCCAACUGGCUGGACCGACUCGGACAGUAUAUCCAGAGAGAGACAUGUUUCCGUGAAAACAGAGUAUGUUACAAUCCCUGACAUCUCUCUGGAAAGCAACCCUCGCCCUGAGCUCGUCAACUUUAUUAUCCAGAGACUGAACAUUAGCGAGUAAUAUACUCGGAAGCGGUGGGGUGGUGUGCACGCCUCCUAAGUCGGACGAAGAACGCUCCGGGUACCUCUCCUCCGGUGUUGUUUUGGGUCUGCUUCUGGAAUCAGUUCAAUAUAGCUGGUCUGGUUAUUUAGAGAUGGUCUGUAUUACAAAUAUAUAUCUGACCAUUUUAGAGAUUGCAUAAUUGCGUGAUAUGAUAGAAUUUUGAAAACCCGUGUUGUGGAAAAUAACCUCUAUACUUUAUUAAAAAUCAAAGGUCUUACAGAGUUUUUGUUGCAUCAAGAAUGACUUUAUUUUUAAUUCAACAAAGCCAGGUCAAUCUGCAGAUUGCCCCCCCCCCCCCCCCUCUUACUCUCUCUCUCCAGUUUAUUUAGUCCCCUCUUCAGUUUCCCGCUCUUUUUAUUGCUCCGCCCACUUCCUUUGUCUCUGAGGGCGGCUAAACUCGACUUUUAUCAUGCACAUAGUACUCCAACCAAUCACUCACUCCCCUGUCUUGCACACACACACACUCAUGUUUAGUUUAACCAUGACAAGGCCCUAAAUCCUUGAAACAUGCACAAACCCCCCCCUUCAUUAUGUUCUUCAGAUAGCUUCAUAGUUCAUCUUGGAUUGCCCAUGGCAAUGUCCCAAUUCCAAUGUCACACCUGAGCCGCCCCCACCUCCACCUUCAUUCAGUUUCGUCCAUUUUGCCAACCAGUAUACCCAAACUAUGAGAAAUGUUGUAUUUGAAUAGAUCGCUCUCUUCCUGCUCACUCCACAUGGACUCAUGUCACCUUCUUGAGAGAAAAGGCAUAAAAGAGAAGGUAAUGUAUUGCUUUGAUUGGAUGCUGGUUCUGAUCCAGGUCUGGUUCUGAUCCAGGUCUGGUUCUGAUACAGGUGGUGCCGGACAGGAACGUCUUCAACGCCUUUGUUUGCUCCUCUUCAGCCGGGUAGAGGGUGUUUGGUUUUUAUUGAGGUUCUGGAUCGAAUUAUCUCUGUUUUUGCAUUACGACACCAUCCGCAGCAACCUCGGGAAAGGACAGAUCAUAACAGUUCAGUUGAGUUAAUUUCCAAUCCAAAACGUCCCUAUUAACAUUGACUAUAUGACAAUUCAUUAUGUUUCACCACUCAUUCUUAAUACACAUUUCUAAUACAUGAACCUGCUGCCUGAUAGAUUUUUUCCCUGCAUUCCAAAGCUAUCUGUAUAAAUGCCACAUCAUUUCACAAUCUCCCUUGAAUUCUUCCAACUUCUAUAACCCAAUUGUUUUAUUGUACCAAUCCUAUAUCAUUUGCUCAUGGUCUAUUUGACAUUACUCUGGCGUUUCCCUUUUCCUUGCUCCUAUUCUAACCACUAAUUGCUUACCCUUCUCUCCCCAUCCUGGGUAAUUAUACAAUUGUUUAUAUUUAGGGUUUCCUAAAUAUGACAAAAGUUGUGAUUGAAUCAUCGCACAGUCCUGGUAACUGUGAAGAUUUGGAUCUACUGUUAAUUAUUUAAACGGAGAUGCGGUGCAUAUUAGACUAUUUUCCUUAUUUAAUUUUUAUGUAAUAUAUUGUAAUCAUCUAUACCAAUCAUUGUUUAACGGCUCCUUCCAUUCCCUUUCUUCUGUAUUUGGUAUGGCUCUAACAUAUGCAUGGUUUAGUGCACUUUCCCAAGGAAUAACUACUCCAACAACACUUCCCCCGGGAACUCUAACACUAAGUACUACAUCAAAUUGUUUAUCUAAGUCUUGAACUGUUAUCCUUAUGUCUAUGAUCCAUCUGUCAUUUUCUUUUAUUAUUUUAAGGUCAUGUGAUUUCCCCAUAAUCAUUGUGGUGGUUCCUCCCACACCAAUAACCAGUUAACCCUUGUAUUUUAAUAGUGAUCCCUUCCUGUAUUUUAGUUAUGGUUCCUGCCUGUGCAGGAAUAUACAUUCUAAUCCUGUCUAUAUCCCUUCUAUGUCUUGUUCUUCUGCUCUUUACUAUUAUCAGUACCCCAUUCCCCUUAUUCUCAGGGAACUAGUCAAGUGCAGAGAAAUCAAUGAUGGGGAUAUCUGGUGCAUCUUGAAUGUCUGGAAUAUCUCAAAGAUCUAGAAGGUCUUGAAAGUCUCGAAGGUCUCGAAGGUCUCGAAAGUCUCGAAGAUCUGCCCCUCCGCCGAGGGAUUCAGCAAGAACACGUAGCUCAUCAGUAAUUGCCAUCCUCCCCCAUCUGAUUCUCGGGCAGCAUCCUCAGCUCUCUCAUCUCUCAGUCACCGGUUCCCUCACUCUGGUACAAUGGUUUAGAUGAUACCAGGUCAUGCUCCCCUCUAUCCGUACCGCCGUUGGUGUAACCUGGACGCCGAUGUAUGGUCACCUUUAGCUGUUAACCUUCUCCCGUCACUAGGGUCUCCGGAUCAGCCAGAGUCCCUCUCAAUCUAUCGACAUCGGUCUGCGAAGAGUGUCCUUCUAUCAGCCUACCCAUAGGGAAGCUCGGAGUUACUGCUGCAAGGAUACACAAGCACAGACACACACAAAAGAUAACAAUGCAACCCAAUGGCUGGGGCCGUCUUCCUCUUCUGGGGGUUGGAACACUCCUAUAGUGGGAAAACAUGGAUCUAAGUAUCUAUCUCUCCCACUUUUACCAUCACAUAGUCUCAGAGGGCGCAGAAAAUGCUCAGAUUCUCCUGCUCAGUUGGCCAGAGUUAUCUUCACCCCAUGAAAAGAAAAUCUUAAGAACAUUGUUAGGUUAGGUGAGACACAGUAUGCUACUUAUGUCCUCUCAUCCGUCAGGAGAAGCCUUGAGAUUAUGAAGCGCACCUCCUUGCAGCUUGUUGUAGUCCACUCAUUUCAUUUCCUAUACACCCUGCCUCAUAUCACAAAAACAAAAAAGAUUUAACCUAACCCAUAACACAUUAUUACUACUGCUCAUAUCCUUAAUACAAUUAGCAUAUUUUACCACAAAACCAUUAAAACCAUUAAAACCACUGUAAGCCCAAAACCCCAAAAAACAUUAAAACAGUUAACAACUUCCCUCCUUUGGACACAUCCCAUCGUGAUUCAUGUGUUCAAAAAACAAAACAACAACAAUAUUGCUUGUUAAACCAAAAAUAAUAACUGAACUUAAAAUGACAACCCUUGAUGAUAUCUUAACCCAAUUGCAUUCGAUAACAUUAUUCAAGAAUAUCUCUCUCCUUCAAGACUAACUCUCUCACUUCAUCAUUGUCCUGUUUGGAAUGAUAUAUAGGAUUGAUGCCAAAUUAUAUACUUCUUCACAAUUCCUUAUUAUAAACAUGCCUCUAGGAUUUACAGUGCGGGGUGAUCAAGUCACACUAUAAAGCCAGGACAGAUUGCAGAGGUCAUUGAAAUCAUUCAAUGAAUUGUGGUCCUCUGUAGCUCAGCUGGUAGAGCACGGCGCUUGUAACGCCAAGGUAGUGGGUUCGAUCCCCGGGACCACCCAUACACAAAAAUGUAUGCACGAAUGACUGUAAGUCGCUUUGGAUAAAAGCGUCUGCUAAAUGGCAUAUUAUAUUAUUAUUAUUAUUAUUAUAUUAUUAUUAUUAUUAUAUUAUUAUAUAUUAUAAUUGUUCCAUCCAAUGGUAUACUACUCAUUAACAACCGUCAACACAUUUCAUAAAUGUUGUACCCCUAAUGUACAGUAAGUCUUUAGUACAGCUCUUUUCAAAAUAAAUCACACGUAUUUACUUAUCCCUCAGUAAAUAAAAGCCCAAAUUACAUGUGUUUGCCCCCUUAAGACAUACCACUUUUACCCCGUGAAAAUAACCCUAAAAUAAAUAAAAAAAUCCUAUACAGCUAACAUUUCAUACUAAGUAGGAUGUUUGUGGUUAUUUGAACACCAUAUAGUAAAACAAUAAACAAACAAAAAAUAGCCAGGCCUUAUUUAUAGUCUCUGAAAAUAUUUCAAAGAAAAAAGAAAACCACUCCCCCUUUUUCCUGGAAGAAAAAGUACACAUUUAGUUAGUUUCCAUUUUGAUAUCUCUUAACCAGUCCAAACAAUCUAAAUUCUAAAUUCCCACUCUCUAUUCAACUGUGGAUAGUUGUUUCCAAUGUUAUUUCACGCUUAAGAGUACCUGUAAUUAUGCCAGCUAGCUGCCUACCAUUCAGCUGUUUUUCUAACCUCAUUAUCUGAAGCGUUAACGUUAGGUAUGGGGCGGCGCACAAUUGGCCCAGCGUCGUCCAGGGUAGGGGAGGGAAUGGCCGGCAGGGAUGUAGCUCAGUUGGUAGAGCAUGGUGUUUGCAACGCCAGGGUUGUGGGUUUGAUUCCCAAGGGGGGGUAUACAUUUUUUAUUUUUUUAAAUAAAAAAUACUCAAACAAAAUAAUGUAUGCACUCACUAACUGUAAGUCGCUCUGGAUAAGAGCGUCUGCUAAAUUACUAAAAUGUAAUGUAAAUGUAGGUGGUUAGUAGCUACUGUACUCGAAAUGUAGUUAAUAUUUGGAGACGCGUUCUCUCCGUUGGGACAGACGCGAACUGGCUGAAUCAUUUCAGUGGCUAGCUUUGCACUUAACUGGCUAACAGUAGCUACUAAGGGUAAGCUAUAACCUACAUUUAUUUUUGUUUAGUUUUUACAUACUGGUAACCAGAGUCGUUCAAGGGAAUUCGGGACAUGGGUGACUAGUUAACGUUAGCUUGGCUCUCUGUGUGUUCGUGCUGUGGGAGGAGGGGUUAGCUCGUUGGCAGAGAGCAAUGGCUAGCUAGUAUGCUAACUAUUCUAGCUAACUAACUGGCUGAAUAAGUUGACGACGUACUCACUCAAACUGUCAAAACUAACCCAAAACUUUACACAACGUUAGACACGGACACGAAUAAUCUGCAUGGCGUGUUAACACACUGGUGGUUUGUUGUAACCGAGUAUUGGUGCUAAACCGUGUUAUUGGAGGCUGGCAUGCUAGUUGGCUUUGGCGUCAUAGGAUUCGGUGCCCUGGACGGUUUUCACGGAAGAAUACUGUACCAAGUUAGCUUCCUGAAUAAACUAAGUUAGUCUAUUCCUAGUGUAGUGUCUUAGAGUCUGUGAUGUGCUGACCUUUGCAAAAAGUGUGUUAGAGGAAACUUAGCUCUAGGAUUUUGCUGAUGUUGCAAAUGGUGUAACAGAUGAACUUUACUCUACUUUGCUGAAACAUCUGGAAAGCAUUACUAAAGUUCCUGGAAAAAAGUAUAUGGGGAGAGAUGUGAAAAAGACCAGGGAUUGGAUAUUAGAAUCACGCCAUUGUCACACCCUGGUUCUGGGACUCAUUAUGUUGAGCCAGGGUGUGUUCAUUCAUUGGGUGUAUUUCUAUGUUGGUAUUUCUGUUUUGUUCCUUUACGGUCAGUGUUACUGUGGACUUCACGAGUCGUCUAUUGUUUUGGUUUUUGUGCGUUAUUAUAAUAAAGUCAAUCAUGUUCGCUCAACACGCUGCGUAUUGGUCUACUCCUUUUCAAGACGAUCGUGACAGAAAAACCCACCAUACAACGACCAAGCAGCGUGUCCAGGAACACACGCAGGAGGUGACUCUGGUGGAUGUCCUCCUCGGUUGGGGGCAGAUUACCGAGGAGGAGGCCGUCCGGUACCGGAGGGCUAUGAAGGGGGAGACCCAGGCAGGAGAGGAGCAGCGGCGUCAGCAGUGCCAUCGUCGGAAGGACGAGAGGCACCCCCAAGAAUUUUUUAGGGGGGGGGCACACGGCAUGGGCGACUGGGCAGCAGGAGGCUGCCACAGGGCAUAAUAGGAGACGAGGAGAGAAGGCCACCGGGUUUUGGGGGCCAGAAGGCAGGUUGGCGGAGCCUGGAUGGAGAGCAGAGCCAACUCCCCGUACUCAGGCAUGGCAGCAUGAGACUGGGCAGGUUCCGCGGUAUGCGGAGCUGCGCACUGUGCCACGAGUGGUCCGGCAUAGUCCGGUACGUCCUGUGCGAGCACCCCGCACGUGUUGUGCGAAGGUGGGCAUGCAGCCAGGACGGAGUGUGCCGGCUCAGCGCUCGGGGCCUCCAGUGCCUCUCCUCGGUCCCGGAUAUCCUGCGCCAGUAUCACGUGCUGUUGUGCCAGUACGGGUACACAGCCCUGUACGUCCUGUGCUGAUGCCUCACACAGAGUGUGUGAAGGUAGGCAUUCAGCCAGGACGGGUUGUGGCAGCUCUUCACUCCAGGUCUCCUAUCCGUCUCCAUAGCCCAGUCCGGCCUGUCCCUGCUCCACGCACCAAGCCUGCGGUGUGCGUCGACAGCCCUGCCCGGCCUGUUCCUGCUCCACGCACCAAGCCUACGGUGUGCGUCGCCAGCCCUGUCCGGCCUGUCCCUGCUCCACGCACCAAGCCUACGGUGUGCGUCGUCAGCCCUGCCCGGCCUGUUCCUGCUCCACGCACCAAGCCUACGGUGUGCGUCGCCAGCCCUGUCCGGCCUGUCCCUGCUCCACGCACCAAGCCUACGGUGUGCGUCGCCAGCCCAGCCCGGCCUGUUCCUGCUCCACGCACCAAGCCUACGGUGUGCGUCGCCAGCCCAGCCCGGCCUGUUCCUGCUCCACGCACCAAGCCUACGGUGUGCGUCGACAGCCCUGCCCGGCCUGUUCCUGCUCCACGCACCAAGCCUACGGUGUGCGUCGCCAGCCCUGUCCGGCCUGUCCCUGCUCCACGCACCAAGCCUACGGUGUGCGUCGACAGCCCUGCCCGGCCUGUUCCUGCUCCACGCACCAAGCCUACGGUGUGCGUCGCCAGCCCAGUCCGGCCUGUCCCUGCACCACGCACCAAGCCUACGGUGUGCAUCGUCAGCCUGGGCCAGCCCGUUCCUGCCACUCGCACCAAGCCCGGGGUGCGAGUCGUCAGCCUGGUAAGACCGGUCAGCUGCUCCACAACGAAGCGUAAGCAAUCCGCGCCGUCAAUGUCCAGUCCAGAUCCAGCCAGUGGGGUCAGACCGGACCAGGGGCGCUAUGGGGGGUUGAUUGGAGGGUGGUGGGCAAGGCCGGAGCCGGAACCGCCGCCGAGGAGGUAUGCCCACCCAGCCCUCCCCUGUUUUGCUCGUAUUUAGGCGCGGUCGCAGUCCGCGCCUUUAGGGGGGGGUACUGUCACACCCUGGUUCUGGGACUCAUUAUGUUGAGCCAGGGUGUGUUCAUUCAUUGGGUGUAUUUCUAUGUUGGUAUUUCUGUUGUGUUCAUUUCUAUGUGUGACUGAGUGACUCCCAAUCAGAGGCAACGAGUGUCAGCUGUUUGCUGGUUGUCUCUGAUUGGGAGCCAUAUUUAACUGUCUGUGUUUCACUUUGGGUUUGUGGGUUUUUGUUCCUUUACGGUCAGUGUUACUGUGGACUUCACGAGUCGUCUAUUGUUUUGGUUUUUGUGCGUUAUUAUAAUAAAGUCAAUCAUGUUCGCUCAACACGCUGCAUAUUGGUCUACUCCUUUUCAAGACGAUCGUGACAGCCAUACUAUGUCAUAAAUUAUAUAAAACCAUGUCUUGAAGAGAGAAAAGGAAAGAAUAGCGAAUUACAGAAUUGGCUCUUGCUGUUCUUCAGAUAUCUGCAGGUAUCUGUAAAUCUGACGCUGAAACUCUUUGUUAUAAUAAACCUUUAUAAACAAAGUACAGUGUCGGCGGACUCCUUAUCAUCACAGCAUAGAUCAGCAUUGUUGUCUUGGACCACCACAUUUAAUGGCGACGAGGUUUGUUUUAUUUUGGGCCGUGAUACAUCUUUUCUCUGCAUUCCAUUCCUGGGCUACAAAGUGACUCCCGCUCAAGAAGCCGGCAGAUAAGGUGAGCUUAUUCACUAAUAUUGGGCGCUGGCCGUUUUGUGAGUCCAGAGAGUGUGUGCGUUCAAGAUGUACCGUCAAAGAAUCUGUGCGUGCGUUUUGCUGUUUUUUUGCUGUGUUAUAGGAAUUCCGUUCUAAAUUUUCUAAAUUAGUUUGCGUUGAGAACAACGCAAAAAGUGGGGAGUGUCUAUAGGGCACACCAAUAGGGCACACAUAUAUUUAGCUUUAAUAAAAGGAAAAGGAGUGUCCAGGAAAAUUAUGAAGAAAUAAGGCAUGAAGGAAUAAAAGACAGUAUACUUUUAGGACGCCGUUAAUUUAAGGAAGCCCUUGAAAACAAGGCAUCAAUAUGAUGGGCCAUAAAUCUUGAUAGUUAUUAGAUUAACUCUCAAGUCAGUUCUGGGAACUGCAGGUUGGAAGAUAAUAUGUUCAAUUGUAUGUUUACCGCUCAGAAAUCUAUUUGACGAAGUAUUUGUCUGAAGUAAUCCUCUCUUUUGAAUGUCUACAACCUGAAGGUAGCAGAAAUUUAGCAAAAGGAAUAUAAAAGAAAAUAGGAACGGCGAUAAGCAUGCUUUGUAUAAACGGAUCCUGUGUGUGUGUGUGUGUUUGUGUGAAACAGAGAGAGAGUGGUUCCGUGCCUGAUGAGUUCCAGCUGUGUGUCGACUAAGGCUAUGACAACAGGGGUUUUAGUCUUUUGUAAGGAAAUAUGUUAGUUAAGGUCAAAACAUUAUGAGUCUCUAUAAAAAGAGAAUGUUCAUUAACUAUUAGAAUAGCAUGACCCUACAGGGAAGACUUUCUUAAGAGUGUAUAGAGAUGUUUUGUAAUUGAUAACAACAUAACUAUAAAUCUGCAGAUUAGGAUAAGUGAAAGAUAACAAACUUGGAAGUGGGAUUUGUGUUCUGUUCUUUGUGUUCCGUGUUCGUUUGUGAGUUCUGUAAAGUCUUAUUGUUUGUCUGUUCCUUUCACAGCGAGUCUGUCUGUUCCUUUCACUCUGAAAUCACAUUGGUGACUGAACUGCGCACGCGUAGGAUUUUAUGAGUUUAGAGUUACGUACAACAGAUGUUCCACUCCCCUGCACUGAACUGCUGGGAGAAGCAGACUCAGAGCAGACAAGUGAAAUGUUCUGUUGAAUUAACUGUUGCUUGACUGUAAAACUGUUUGGUUGAUAAUCGGUUGAGUUGGUGAAUGAGAGAUAUAUUGACGGAUUAAAAAUAAUAAUAAUAAAAUAAAUGAAUAAAAUAAAAUGUUAUUGAGCUAUUUAUAAUAUUCCUGAGUUAAGCUGUUUGCUUAUUUCUUAGCGUGAAUGUGAAAAAAAAAAUUAUAUAAAUAAUAAUAAACUAAAUUCUUGUUUGUUCUUUUGUCUUUCUGUCAUAUGAGAGACGAGAAGGAGGAGACAGAGAGAGAGAGAGAGGAGGUGCUGACAUCAGCUGACAUCAGUGACAACAACCCAGCCCAAUCAAGGCCAGUGCUGUUCUUAUCCACAAAACCUACUUUCCCUUACAGGAUAUAAUUAAUACAUUGUGUCUACAUAGAAUAUUUCAUGUUGUGACCAUUUCGCAGGAACUUGGCAACAGACUGAUGAAUUGAUGUAAUUGAUAAUUGCACAUUAGAGUUUUUGUCAAUGACUUGUUUUGAUUAGAGUUGUGUUGGAAAUCCAGCAUUGACAUUAUUCUGUAAAAUUAAGGUAAUUAGGUGCUUAUUAAGCAAUUGGGUUGUGAGUGCUCUAGUGUUUCUGGUACAGGUCUUUUAUUUUUGAAUUGCUCUGGAGUUGACUACUUUCCUUUACUCUUCCUCAUCGGAUGUGGUAAGACUGCCACUAAUCAAUAAUUUGGUAAAAUAAAAUUCACAAAAUAAUUAGUUGAUUGAUUGAAUUAGUUGGUUGGUUGGAUUGAUUGAUUGAUUGAAGUAAUUGGUUGAUUGAUUGAUUGAUUUGGUUGAUUGAUUGAUUUAUUUAAUUGAUUAGUUGAUUGAUUUGAUUUAAUUGAUUAGUUGAUUGAUUUGAUUGAUUGAUUGAUUGAUUUAGUUGAUUAGUUGAUUGAUUGGAUUAAUUGGUUGAUUGGUUGAAUUAGUUGAUUGAUUGAUUGGAUUGAUUGAUUGUUUGAUUGAUUUAGUUACUUGAUUGAUUGAUUGGAUUAGUUGGUUGAUUGAUUGAUUGAAAUAAUUAGUUGAUUGAUUUAUUGAUUUAAUUGGUUAAUUGAUUGGUUGGAUUAAUUGAUUAAUACUUUUUUUAUAAAAAAAAAAAAGAGGGAAAAAAGAGGGAAAAAAGAGGGAAACACAUAACAGAGUCAUUACAAUGGGGAAAAAGGACAUCAAAACUACAAAAGCAAUUACUCCUCUUGAUGUAGUACAGAAUAGUAAUCCUCUAGUUAAUGGUAUAGCAAAAUUAUCUGAAAAUUUUAAUAAACGUUGGCCUAACAUUGAACAACCAUGGCCAGUGGAAGGGACUCUUAACCCAGACGUCAUCAAGAUAAUGCAAGUGCUUGUAUCCACGUAUAAGGCAGAUCAAAAGAAGGGAAAGAAAGGAAAACUACGCAAAGAAAAAAGACAAAGAGAGCUGGGUGUUCUUAAGCUGUUUGAAAAUGAAGGACAAAAACUGAUAAAAGAUACAAAAGAUAAGAGAGACAGAGGUACAGAGAAAAUGGCAAAAGAGGUGAAGGUGAUAGAAAAGCUAAUGGCAGAAGUCAAUACACCUUUCUCAUAUAUGGAUUCAGCAAAAACACCCCCACCUUAUGAGAAAGAAGCCAAGUUUAAGGACGUUUAUCCUCAGCUUCCAGUGAUCAUUCAGGAGGGUGACUAUUGCAUCAGAGAUGAAGAUGAACAAAUAAUAGAGAGAGGAGAAGCAGAAACGACCAUAAAGAUGAAUCCAAACUCCAAAAGCAGGAAGAAAACGAGAUGUCUGGAAACUAAGGGUAGAGCGAGGUUCAGGAGGAUGGAACUUUAUGAUGAUGAUGAUGACGAUGAUGAUGAUCAGAGUGGUUCAGAAGAGAUCAUGGGUGGAUAUUUAUUUUUUAUUUUAUUUUUUAUUUUUAGUCAUUUAGCAGACGUUCUUAUCCAGAGCGACUUACAUGAGCAAUUAGGGUUAAGUGCCUUGCUCAAGGGCACAUCGACAGAUCUUUCACCUAGUCGGCUCGGGGAUUAGAACCAGCGACCUUUCGGUUACUGGCACAACGCUCUUAACCACUAAGCUACCUGCCGCCCCAGUCAUCAGACAGAGGUUGGCCAGAGCGGAAAGAUGGGGUGAUGGAAGUUGGAAGAAGAAGAAUACAAGUGAUUCGAGUGCUGAUGAAAAUGAAGAUGGAGACAACGAUGAAGAUUUGGAGAUUAAAGGUGCUUCAUAUUCAAGAGGAUUUUAUCCUACAAUGACUAGCACAGAAGAAAUAGAAAGAGAUAUAGACCGAUGCGUCUCAUGCCUGGAUAAAGUGACUAGUUUAGAAGAAGUGAAAAAACUGGAGGAACAACUCCAGAAGCUGAAGAUAAAGAAAAAGAAGCUGCUGAGAAAAGAAUCCCAAGAAUCUGAGAAUAAAUAUACAUUGAGGCCAAGAAAAGAGGGCACUAGUAAGAAAAUUAUGCCGGUGAUCAUUCGAGGACAAAACCUAGAAUAUAAGCCUUUGCAGAAUACCGAUAUGUCAGAUAUACUUGAGAAACUGCCUACUCUUCAAGAUGGAGCAUAUCCUUGGAUUUCAAAGUUGGAAGAAAUUACGGUGGGAACACAGUCUGCCAUAGGAGACAUUAAGAGACUUUUGGCUAAUCUCCUUGGGAUUCCAGGCAUGGAAGAAAUUUUUCAGAGAGCUGGACUUCAUAGAUAUGUGGGGACUGCAGUAAACGACCCUGAAUUGUUGGUUGCAAGUAGAAAUCGGCUGUGGAGAGCACUGAGAGAUACGUUUCCAACAAAUGUGCAUCCUGACAACAUUCUGAUUGACCCACUAGGACAACAAGAAAAUCCGACAGCCUACGUGUCAAGAGUUCAUCAAGUGUGGAGAAAUAUUACCGGAAAUGAUCCAGAUGUGAGUCAAAUUGAGCAGUCAAUCUUGAGAGCUAAACUACAGAUGGGACUGCCCUUACCGGUAAGGAGCAAACUGGCAGAAGUAGUUGGACUUGGGAGCAUGACAAAAGGUGUCUAUACAGAUCAUAUAGCCCAUCAAGUGGAUCUGUACCGGAAAAAGGAACACAACCAGAAAGAACAGGACCAAGAAACUCUCAGAAAACUAAAUCAAAUACAACUGGUGGAGAAGAAGGAGAAGAGAAGCUUUGGUUAUGCAGAAUCAGUGUGAACCAAAUCAACAAUCACUGCUACAGCUUCAACUGAACAAGGUCAAAUGCAAUUAUACCAGCCACAACAAGUGGUAUAAAUUGUUUCAUAUCCAUAGAUAGUUUCUGGAAAGAAAGAACUUCAGAGGAAGAUACAGGAGCAAGUGAAGAUCACCUGUCCUCCAGGUGAACCCUUAUAGGAGCAAGGAUUCUAGAGGUGCCCAGAAGAUCCGAAAGGGGGGUGUCAGCUGGUAGCAUCAGGACCGGAAAAAGAUCCAACAAUUGAAGUGAAAAUAAACAAUGGACUAUGGGAAGUGAUGAUGGAUAGCAGAAAGGCUUUUAUCUGUGUUCAGCCUGAAGAGGUUACACAUCUCACUAUGACAAAUCAACUAAUUAUGAGAAGGAUUUGGAGGAGUGAAGAUCAGCGAUUUCUGAAAAUGAUGAUUUCGGCUCAAGGACAAGGAGAGUCAUAAGCUGUACGGAAGACAAAUGAAUCUGUUUGAAAUGUGAAGAUGGAUUGAGAAUCUAUGGAAGAAGAGAUGUUGCAAAAAGUUCAAGAAUGUUUGAGAUAUCAAAGUAGGACUGAUACUGGAUUUGUGAAAUCAGCUCAAUUGAGGUGAAAGUUGAACUUCGACCAGGAGCCAGACCUCCUUGGAAGAAUCAGUUUCCAUUGAAAGAUGAAGCAAUCCAAGGGAUUGAACCAGAAAUUGAAGGACUUUCGAAAGCAAGUGUUUUGAAGACAAUAGAAAAAAUCGUUAGAGUAGCAAUCAAUUAUUGUUUUGGGAGAAACCAUGAUGAUUUAGGAAGCUAUGGGUUAGCUUAUGUUGCAAGAGGGGAGUUUAGGAGAAAGAUCACAAAGGAGUAGAGUUUUUUGGGAACCAUAUUUUCUUGAAUAGAUUGACUAUGUCAUAGGCAGGUGCAUAAUCUGUCUGAAAAAUAAUGUGUGACUGUUAUUCUUGGUUACAUUCAUAUACCAAGAGGUGCAUAACAUGUUCAACUAAGCGGAAAGAUGCUCAGUCGGUUACAAAGUUGUUGUGUAAAGAAGUCAUAAGCAGGUGGGAAUUUCCUGACUUAAUAUCCUCAGAAAAUGGGAAAGAGUUUUGUGAAUAAAUCAGUGAAAUGGUUUUUUAUAAAAUUAGAGAAAUAAUUUUUUUUGAAAAAGUCAGACUAAAAUGUUAUGAAAACUAGGGUUGAAAUAACUCUAGGAAAUUUGGAAUAUCUGAUUGUGGGAUAAUUAUAUUAUUGUGAUGAAUCAAAGGGGGGAAAUGGAAUUCAUAUCAUUUUUGGAAUUCUUAUAUUUUUAGUUGAUAUUGAUGUUUUAAUUUGCAUGUGUUGUUUUGCAAAAGAUACUGUUUGGUAUUUUAUUUUCUUCCAGAAGCAUAUGGGGGAAUAUGUAGAGGGACUCAAAUACUCAAACAUGGACAAUAUGAAUGGACUGGAGGAAGUGGAACAAGGAAGGAGUGGAAAUGUUCCGAUUCCAUCAUCGACGUCGCAUUGAAAGUCGACACUGUGGAGGAGAUGAAGUGUAGUGGACUACAUUCCAGUGUUAUAUUCUUUCUGUAUUAAUUUUUGAAGAAUUAUGUUUUCUGUUGUUGGGUACAUGUGGGGACCUCAGAUGUUUUUGUUUAUUUCGUUGAAGUUUAGGGAUAUGGGGUCUAGGCAAGGACAGAGAGAAUCCACAGGAGGGUCCGAUGGGUCGACCAGCCUGAAUGUGGACAUUUUGAUUGUAUUUUGUUUGCUGGGGUUUUCAUAUGUAUUCAAUUGCAUCAUAGCUUAAAAUGUAUUGAUAAAGAUGUAUAAAUUGAUCUGGAGUACUUAGGUGGUCGCCUAGGGCAGAGGGGCCGUGAGAGAAUUUUCCUGUCUUGACUGACUGAUGGAUAUUUGGAAUGAAAGCUGCCAGACAGGUUUUUCGCUCUUACACUCCAUAACAAUUUAUUUACACUCCAUAAUAACGUAUUUACACUACAUACAAAAAUGUGUCUAUAUAAACAUGUGUUUACUCUCCAUAAAUUUUGGUUUAUUGUUAAAGCUACUCAAGAAUAAAAAUUGUUAUUUGUCAUAAUCCUAUUCUUUUUGUUUUCGAGACUUAAUUAGUCUCGAAGGGGGGAAAUAUGUAGUGUCUUAGAGUCUGUGAUGUGCUGACCUUUGCAAAAAGUGUGUUAGAGGAAACUUAGCUCUAGGAUUUUGCUGAUGUUGCAAAUGGUGUAACAGAUUAACUUUACUCUACUUUGCUGAAACAUCUGGAAAGCAUUACUAAAGUUCCUGGAAAAAAGUAUAUGGGGAGAGAUGUGAAAAAGACCAGGGAUUGGAUAUUAGAAUCACGCCAUACUAUGUCAUAAAUGAUAUAAAACCAUGUCUUGAAGAGAGAAAAGGAAAGAAUAGCGAAUUACAGAAUUGGCUCUUGCUGUUCUUCAGAUAUCUGCAGGUAUCUGUAAAUCUGACGCUGAAACUCUUUGUUAUAAUAAACCUUUAUAAACAAAGUACAGUGUCGGCGGACUCCUUAUCAUCACAGCAUAGAUCAGCAUUGUUGUCUUGGACCACCACACUAGAAACAUUGAACCGCUGUAGUUUACAACAAUUAUAAUUUCUAAAGUAGAAGUUGGGAGAGUUAUAUUUGAGUGUUUCAGUGAAAUGUAAGUGAGGGAGGCCCCGCUCUCUUGCUUUCCCAGAUGUUUAGUUCAUUUCAUUUCAUUCCGAUUUCGUUUGCAUUAUUGUAGCCUUUUUCUGUAGCCUGUCAACUAUGCCUCUGCCUAUCCCUGUUCUCUCCUCUCCGCACAGGCUACACAAACGCCUCACACCGCGUGGCUGCUGCCUCUCUAACCUGGUGGUCCCUGCACGCACCACACACCUGGAGUUCCAGGUCUCAGGCAGCCUCUGGAACUGCCGUUCUGCUGCCAACAAGGCUGACUUCAUCCCAGCCUAUGCUACCCUCCAGUCCCUCGACUUCUUGGCGCUGACGGAAACAUGGAUUACCAACAGAAAACACUGCUACUCCUACUGCUCUUUCCUCGUCUGACCAUGUGUUCUCGCAUACCCCGAGAGCAUCUGGUCAGCGCGGCGGUGGCACAGGAAUCCUCAUCUCUCCCAAGUGGACAUUCUCUCUUUAUCCCCUGAGCCAUCUGUCUAUCUCCUCAUUUGAAUUCCAUGCUGUCACAGUCACUAGCCCAUUCAAGCUUAACAUCCUUGUCAUUUAUCGCCCUCCAGGUUCCCUUGGAGAGUUCAUCAAUGAGCUUGACAAGUUCCUUUCCUGAGGAUGGCUCACCCCUCACAGUUCUGGGUGACUUUAACCUCCAUACGUCUGCCUUUGACUCAUUUCUCUCUGCCUCCUUCUUUCCACUCCUUUCCUCUUUUGACCUCACCCUCUCACCGUCCCCCCCUACUCACAAGGCAGGCAAUACGCUUGACCUCAUCUUUACUAGAUGCUGUUCUUCUACUAAUCUCACUGCAACUCCCCUCCAAGUCUCCGACCACUACUUUUUAUCCUUUUCUCUCUCGCUCUCCUCCAACACUACUCACUCUGCCCCUACUCAGAUGGUAAUGUGCCGUCGCAACCGUCGCUCUCUCUCUCCUGCUACUCUCUCCUCUUCCAUCCAAUCAUCUCUUCCCUCUGCUAAAUCCUUCUCCCUCCGAUCUCCUGAUUCUGCCUCCUCAACCCUCCUCUCCUCCCUUUCUGCAUCUUUUGACUCACUAUGUCCCCUAUUCUCCCGGCUGGCUCAGUCCUCCCCUCCUGCUCCGUGGCUUGACGACUCAUUGCGAGCUCACAGAAGAGGGCUCCGGGCAGCCGAGCGGAAAUGGAGGAAAACUAGACUCCCUGCGGACCUGUCAUCUUUUCACUCCCUCCUCUCUAUAUUCUCUUCCUCUGUUUCCGCUGCUAAAGCCACUUUCUACCACUCUAAAUGUCAAGCCUCUGCCUCUAACCCUCGGAAGCUCUUUGCCACCUCCUCCCUGCUGAAUCCUCCUCCCCCCUUCUUCCUCCCUCUCUGUGGAUGACUUCGUCAACCAUUUUGAAAAGAAGGUUGACGACAUCCGAUCCUCAUUUAUUAAGUCAAAUGACAGCGCUGGUCCUGCUCACACUGCCCUACCCUAUGCUUUGACUUCUUUCUCCCCUCUCUCUCCAGAUGAAAUCUUGCAACUUGUGACGGCCGGCCGCCCAACAACCUGCCCGCUUGACCCUAUCCCCUCCUCUCUUCUCCAGACCAUUUUCGGAGACCUUCUCCCUUACCUCACCUCGCUCAUCAACUCAUCCUUGACUGCUGGUCAUGUCCCUUCCGUCUUCAAGAGAGCGAGAGUUGCACCCCUCCUCAAAAAACCUACACUCGAUCCCUCCGAUGUCAACAACUACAGACCAGUAUCCCUUCUUUCUUUUCUCUCCAAAACUCUUGAGCGUGCCGUCUCUAGCCAACUCUCCUGCUAUCUCUCUCAGAAUGACCUUCUUGAUCCAAACCAGUCAGGUUUCAAGACUGGUCAUUCAACUGAGACUGCUCUUCUCUGUGUCACAGAGGCUCUCCGCACUGCUAAAGCUAACUCUCUCUCCUCUGCUCUUAUCCUUCUAGACCUAUCCGCUGCCUUUGAUACUGUGAACCAUCAGAUCCUCCUCUCCAUCCUCUCCGAGUUGGGCAUCUCCGGGGCUGCUCACUCUUGGAUUGCAUCCUACCUGACAGGGCGCUCCUACCAGGUGGCGUGGCGAGAAUCUGUCUCUGCACCACGUGCUCUCACCACUGGUUUUCCCCAGGGCUCAGUUCUAGGCCCUCUCCUAUUCUCUCUAUACACCAAGUCACUUGGCUCUGUCAUAUCCUCACAUGGUCUCUCCUAUCAUUGCUACGCAGACGACACACAAUUAAUUUUCUCCUUUCCCCCUUCUGAUAACCAGGUGGCGAAUCGCAUCUCUGCUGUCUGGGUGACAUAUCAGUGUGGAUGUCGGAUCACCACCUCAAGCUGAACCUCGGCAAGACGGAGCUGCUCUUCCUCCCAGGGUAGGACUGCCUGCUCCAUGAUCUCGCCAUCACGGUUGACAACUCCAUUGUGUCCUCCUCCCAGAGUGCAAAGAACCUUGGCGUGACCCUGGACAACACCCUGUCGUUCUCCGCUAACAUCAAAGCGGUUCAUGCAGGUUCAUGCUCUACAACAUUCGCAGAGUAUGACCUUACCUUACACAGAAAGCGGCACAGGUCCACUUGUCAUCUCCCGUCUGGAUUACUGCAACUCGCUGUUGGCUGGGCUCCCUGCCUGUGCCAUUAAACCCCUACAACUUAUCCAGAACGCCGCAGCACGUCUGGUGUUCAACAUUCCCAAGUUCUCUCAUGUCACCCCGCUCCUCUGCACACUCCACUGGCUUCCAGUUGAGGCUCACAUCUACUACAAGACCAUGGUGCUUGCCUACGGAGCUGUGAGGGGAACGGCACCUCCUUACCUUCAGGCUCUGAUCAGACCCUAUACCCAAACGAGGGCACUACGUUCAUCCACCUCUGGCCUGCUAGCUCCCCUUCCUCUACGAAAGCACAGUUCCCGCUCAGCCCAGUCAAAGCUAUUUGCUGCUCUGGCACCCCAAUGGUGGAACAAGCUCCCCCACGACGCCAGGACAGCAGAGUCACUGACCACCUUCCGGAGACACUUGAAACCCUACCUCUUUAAGGAAUACCUGGAAUAGUAUAAAGUAAACCUUCUAUGCCCCCCCCCCCCACCCCUUCCAUAAAAAAAGGGGUUGUCCCACUGGCUAUCAUAAGUUGAAUGCACAAAUUUACACAAAUUUGUACGUCGCUCUGGAUAAGAGCAUCUGCUAAAUGACGUAAAUGUAAAUGUAAUAUCUCUGAUCCCGCCUUUUCAGACAACCCUCAAGAACAUCACUUGUGACUGCACCCUUCUCCAGUGAAUUCCACAAUCCAGUGCACAUAAAACGAAAUAAAAUCCCAUAAGAUUUAAACCCCCUAGGCUUUUUCCCUAGCCGCACUGCUACAACUCAAUCAACCUCAACAUGCUUCAUGAUGUCGAAAACUCAAAUAUGCUAUCUCUUGCCUCGUUGGUUGUACUUUCCCACAUGCCCCUUCUACCAAAAUAGUUUACUAAUGUGAUGAUGGUUUCGCCCAUUAGUGUCCUCGCCCUUCGACGCACCUAACACUUUACUACAAUCCACAACACUCAAAUUCAACCCCUUCAGCGAUUGUUUAAAUGCAGCAUGAUACACCAUUUGACUAUUUGUAACCCUCAUUCGCGCUGUCACCCAUACAUACUGUCAAUUCACCUUUCAGAAUCCAUUAUCUUUGACCCUCGGAAGGAUUCUUUAACCCCUCUCUCCUGAAUUGCCCCCCCCCCCCCCUCCCUACGGCUCGGACCACAUCUCUCUGGGUCCAUGCCCUGUAUAGAUCUAAGGUUGCCAGGGUUCCCUUAGCCACUGCCAAUGCAAUUUUCUUUUCUCUUGGUCUCAACUAUGUACCUCUCUGGCGUUCUCCUUUUCUCUACUUUCUCUCUUUUCGACUCCUGUCUGACUUUCUCUGCCCUUGUCCUGUACUCCUCUACCUCUGUCUCUUCCUCACCUUCGUCUUCCCUUCCUCCUCCAGCCCCUCCUUCCUCAUAGGGAAGUGGGGCCGGUUGGGGGGGGGGCGACGACGUUGUUCCCCUGCACUCUCCUUCUCCUCACUACGUACUCAUCAUCUGGAUUUUCUCUCGCCUGGUCUGCCAAGUUUGGAUAUAACCUUUCUUGCUUAGCUUUUAAAGGGGCUGGCAAGGUCUGAAACUCUUCUUCACUGCUUUUUUUUUUCUUUCUAGCUUCGGCUAGCCACACCUUGGCUGUAUCUAAAGCUGUAUCUGUAUCUAAGCCCUCUCUCUUUUCUGUUUCUUUAGAUCAGUACCACAAUUUACAUGCAUUUGUUUAAAUCGUGGAUUCCAGUUUAACUACGUCAAGUCGCCCCAAUAAAUCCAUAUUUCCUUCUCCAAUUAGGUCCAUAAUACACAUUCCGUUUGUCUCGCAUUUCCAUAUAUUUCUCGUCCCCAGUUAAUUCUGGAACCUCUUGUGAGGACUUGCCUCCUGUGAACAGUUUCACACAACACCUGGAAUCACCCUUUCUGUUUAUGUAGUCUUGACUAGUCCCCCAGAAUUAUCUCGAAACCGUUACAGAGGAAUUUAUCCCCUCAAAUGUAAUCUUGACAAUUCCUGACAGUCUCAUACAACAGAAAUGGGUUCUCCCUCUUCUCUAUACAACCACCUGGAAUCACCCCUUCCUGUAUACAGUGGGGGAAAAAAGUAUUUAGUCAGCCACCAAUUGUGCAAGUUCUCCCACUUAAAAAGAUGUUACUGAGGCCUGUAAAUUUCAUCAUAGGUACACGUCAACUAUGACAGACAAAUUGAGAAAGAAUUAUCCAGAAAAUCACAUUGUAGGAUUUUUUAUGAAUUUAUUUGCAAAUUAUGGUUGAAAAUAAGUAUUUGGUCUACUACAAACAAGCAAGAUUUCUGGCUCUCACAGACCUGUAACUUCUUCUUUAAGAGGCUCCUCUGUCUUCCACUCGUUACCUGUAUUAAUGGCGCCUGUUUGAACUUGUUAUCAGUAUAAAAGACACCUGUCCACAACCUCAAACAGUCACACUCCAAACUCCACUAUGGCCAAGACCAAAGAGCUGUCAAAGGACACCAGAAACAAAAUUGUAGACCUGCACCAGGCUGGGAAGACUGAAUCUGCAAUAGGCAAGCAGCUUGGUUUGAAGAAAUCAACUGUGGGAGCAAUUAUUAGGAAAUGGAAGACAUACAAGACCACUGAUAAUCUCCCUCGAUCUGGGGCUCCACGCAAGAUCUCACCCCGUGGGGUCAAAAUGAUCACAAGAACGGUGAGCAAAAAUCCCAGAACCACACGGGGGGACCUAGAGAAUGACCUACAGAGAGCUGGGACCAAAGUAACAAAGCCUACCAUCAGUAACACACUACGCCGCCAGGGACUCAAAUCCUGCAGUGCGAGACGUGUCCCCCUGCUUAAGUCAGUACAUGUCCAGGCCCGUCUGAAGUUUGCUAGAGUGCAUUUGGAUGAUCCAGAAGAGGAUUGGGAGAAUGUCAUAUGGUCAGAUGAAACCAAAAUAGAACUUUUUGGUAAAAACUAAACUCGUCGUGUUUGGAGGACAAAGAAUGCUGAGUUGCAUCCAAAGAACACCAUACCUACUGUGAAGCAUGGGGGUGGAAACAUCAUGCUUUGGGGCUGUUUUUCUGCAAAGGGACCAGGACGACUGAUCCAUGUAAAGGAAAGAAUGAAUGGGGCCAUGUAUCGUGAGAUUUUGAGUGAAAACCUCCUUCCAUCAGCAAGGGCAUUGAAGAUGAAACGUGGCUGGGUCUUUCAGCAUGACAAUGAUCCCAAACACACCGCCCGGGCAACGAAGGAGUGGCUUCGUAAGAAGCAUUUCAAGGUCCUGGAGUGGCCUAGCCAGUCUCCAGAUCUCAACCCCAUAGAAAAUCUUUGGAGGGAGUUGAAAGUCCAUGUUGCCCAGCGACAGCCCCAAAACAUCAGUGCUCUAGAGGAGAUCUGCAUGGAGGAAUGGGCCAAAAUACCAGCAACAGUGUGUGAAAACCUUGUGAAGACUUACAGAAAACGUUUGACCUGUGUCAUUGCCAACAAAGGGUAUAUAACAAAGUAUUGAGAAACUUUUGUUAUUGACCAAAUACUUAUUUUCCACCAUAAUUUGCAAAUAAAUUCAUAAAAAAUCCUACAAUGUGAUUUUCUGGAUUUCUUUUCCUCAUUUUGUCUGUCAUAGUUGACGUGUACCUAUGAUGAAAAUUACAGGCCUCUCUCAUCUUUUUAAGUGGGAGGACUUGCACAAUUGGUGGCUGACUAAAUACUUUUUUUCCCCCACUGUAGGUAGUCUUGACUAGUCCCCCAGAAUUAUCUCAUACCGUUACAGAGGAAUUUAUCCCCUCAAAUGUAAUCUUGACAAUUCCUGACAGUCUCAUACAACAGAAAUGGGUUCUCCCUCCUCUAGCUAUAUAACAAGUAAUUCAAAACGGAAUCACCCCUUCCUGUAUAGGUAGUCUUGACUAGUCCCCCAGAAUUAUCUCAUACUCUACGGAGGAAUUUAUCCCCACAAUGUAAUCUAGACAAUUCCUGACAGUCUCAUUCAACAGGAAUGGGUUCUCCCUUUCCUAGUGAUCUUAACUGUCCAAAUUUACUCAAUUAUAUCCUCUCUUUUACUUUUGUAUUUGUUUAACCCGGAUUAUUUGUUGAACAUUACUGUUCUAUAAUCUACUACAGGUUCAUCCCCUUAGGUAUACUUUCAAUAGUUCCUUCUAUUUCAAUACAUUGUAGUUUCUUUUGGUAAUGGCCUAUAUUACCGUGAAUCGUUACGGACCCACCAACAUUUCACUAAAGAAUAAAGACUACUGACCUUAUCCUCGCAGCUGAGAUUCAAUGUAGGUUGGAUUCCGUCACCGUCUCUGUCAUUAUUCAGUUGUCCUCUGGCCUGUUUUAACCCUUAAUGCCAAAGGGCAGGUCUUUCUAUUUACGAAUGUAUCAUUAGCCAUCGACGGUUUUCAGAGUUACCUGGAAUGACAGAGGCAGGUAUUGGAAUCCGGCUCGGAGGACCAAGCUGUUAAGAGAAUUUAUUAACUACCUAUUUCAGUGUCUCUGUGCGUUUCCCAAAGUUUGUAAGACUUUGGUUCAAGAAACGGACAGAGCAUCAGUGCAAUAGCCAGGUCUUUAUUCAGAGAAUUCUGUUAUCACAAUUUCAGAGUCCAUCUUUUAUACACACACGUCAUACAAAAAUCCCACCCCGCUUUAGGCGGGCUGUAUUUUUCCACUGUACACACACCUGGGUUUAGCUCAUGUGAUUUUCCUCUGCUCUCCUGACCAUCAGGACACACACAUACAUACACACACACACACACACACACACACACACACACACACACACACACACACACACACACACACACACACACACACACACACACACACACACACACACACACACACACACACACACACACACACACACACACACGCACACACACACGUUCGUAUCAUAGUCUACUCCUUGCUCGGGCAGGCUGCAUUCUUUAGUUAUCUCCAUUCUCACAAUAUCCUGCAACAUGUUUUCAUACUCUCUUCCAAGCCUAACAGUUCUCCUUCUUCUUUAUUGUCUGGCCUAACUCCUACUCACAUUGCUAAAUAGUAACACAAUGUCAUAAUCUUAACUUGCCCUACGCUCACACAUUACAAUCUUAUGAUUCUAACACAUUUCACACAGUUUCAGUGUGUAAUAAUUAGUCACUACUAAGAAAGUACUAAUCAUACUUAAAACAAGAACAUUUCACAACUAUAUUUAAGGGUGGAACAUUUAGUCAUUACUUUUAACCUGUAUAUAUUUUAAUUUCUAUAUCAGUAGAAUAUACACCUAUAACAUAAAACCCAUAACCACUUUCCAGUAUUCUAAUAAUUUUAACCUGCUGCAUUGAUUUUUAGUAAAAAAUAUAAAUUGUUGUGCAAUAAAUCCAGAACCUACAAAAAGUUAGUCCUGUCCCCUAGUCCAAAAUAAAUGCUUCUCUAGCUCCCCUGAUUUGGUCCUCCCCACAGGUUCACUAGCUCCCCUGAUUUGUUCCUCCCCACAGGUUCACUAGCUCCCCUGAUUUGGUCCUCCCCACAGGUUCACUAGCUCCCCUGAUUUGGUCCUCCCCACCGGUUCACUAGCUCCCCUGAUUUGGUCCUCCCCACCGGUUCACUAGCUCCCCUGAUUUGGUCCUCCCCACCGGUUCACUAGCUCCCCUGAUUUGGUCCUCCCCACCGGUUCACUAGCUCCCCUGAUUUGGUCCUCCCCACAGGUUCACUAGCUCCCCUGAUUUGGUCCUCCCCACGGGUUCACUAGCUCCCCUGAUUUGGUCCUCCCCACGGGUUCACUAGCUCCCCUGAUUUGGCCCGGUGGACCCUGUGUCUGAGACUGACCCCCUCCAGCUGAGCUGGGCCCAUUUUCUUGCCAAUUACACUGUUGUGGUUGCCUAGGCACCCGCGGCUUGGUAGGACAAUUCCUUCUCAUAUGCCCUGAUUGAUUGCACCCCCCCAGCAGACAUCUGGUCUUCUUGGUCCACCCCUCUGGUGUGUUUGAUGCUGUGGUUGGCACCAUUGAUUCUUGUGUCUCUCUUCAUUAUUCUUGUUUUGCCGCUGUCCAGGAGACUGUUGUGUGGACACAUUCACUAAUGGUGAGGUAGUAGAUCUUUGGCCUUGCUGCUGAGGCGGUGUCUGUUGACCGUCAUCUUAGGUCGUCUAAUUUAUUUUCAAAUGAUUGAACGUUGGCUAAUAGGAUUGAUGGAAGAGGCAGUUUACUCGCUCGCCGUCGGAUCCUUCCAAGGCACCCCGACCUACGUCCACGAUAUCUCCGUCUCUUUCAACAUUUCUAGCAUGUCUUUCAAUGGGUAACAGAGUUGACGUGUUGAUGCUUGACCUGCUCAGUUUUAUACCACAAAACACCAGAAAAGAACCAGAAUGUUCCAGAACCAGAACCAGCCAAAAAGAGUAGAACUAGCUCACCUGCUUUUACAGUUUGACUAUUAGAUGUUCAACGUUAAUAUAUAUAUUGUUGAGGAAUAGUUUCACCAUAUUAAAACGAGAGUUCAGUUCACAUAACAGGGUUGAACUUAAAAUGAGGGACAUCAUUUUUCAUGUGAUUAGAUUAAUCACAUCUCACAUUAAAUAAAUUAUCUUCAGAAAUUAUUUUUUUUUAAAGCGACAAAAUAACUAUUAAAUCAGGUUUCCAUCCAACCAUUUCAAGCGGCUGAAUUACCUGACAGGGCUGAUGGAACCAGGGCUGAUGGAACCAGGGCUGAUGGAAACAGGGCUGAUGGAAACAGGAAAUGUGGGUACAAUUUCAUAAAUGUCAAUUUAAAUCAUUUCGACAGAUUUAUUUAAUUUUCCAUGUGGUCUAUAUUAAAGGGCACUUCAUUUAAUAUAACAGGCUUUUAUCAUGCAAUAUUGGUGCACAAUUUCUAAGUAAAAUAUCAAAGGGACGCAAAAGGCCCUCUUUUCAAGGAAUGACCCUUGUAUCCAAUCAAUCAAAGUUACCAAAAAAUGUAAAAUCAAAUUUACCAAAAAAUUCAAAUAAACGUAAAUAAUCUGAUGAUUUUAGCGAUGUCUGGAGAUGAAAACAACUAGAAGUAAAGUAGGCCUCUCUCUGACGCUAAGAAGGUCGGUCCUGGUCCUCGAACGGGAGACCAGAUUACCUGGAAGUGGUGUUGGGGGCAGGUCGGUCCUGGUCCUCUGAUGGGAGACCAGAUGACCUGGAAGUGGUGUUGGGGGCAGGUCGGUCCUGGUCCUCGGAUGGGAGACCAGAUGACCUGGAAGUGGUGUUGGGGGCAGGUCGGUCCUGGUCCUCGGAUGGGAGACCAGAUGACCUGGAAGUGGUGUUGGGGGCAGGUCGGUCCUGGUCCUCUGAUGGGAGACCAGAUGACCUGGAAGUGGUGUUGGGGGCAGGUCGGUCCUGGUCCUCGGAUGGGAGACCAGAUGACCUGGAAGUGGUGUUGGGGGCAGGUCGGUCCUGGUCCUCUGAUGGGAGACCAGAUUACCUGGAAGUGGUGUUGGGGCAGGUCGGUCCUGGUCCUCGGAUGGGAGACCAGAUGACCUGGAAGUGGUGUUGGGGGCAUGCUUUCCUCUGCUCUAUGGAGAUCCCAAUGCUUCAGGGCAGUGAAGGGGACCUUGCCCUGCAAAGGGUGCCGUCUUUUGGAUAAGACGUUAAAACAAGUGUCCUGACUCGCUGUGGUCAUUAUAAAUCCCACUUACCGUAAGAGUAGGGUGGGUGCUACACAUUGGUGGUGGAAGAGAUGAGUUUCCCCCCCUUAAUAUGUAAAGGUAUUUGAACACCUACUGUUUAAUAUGUAAAGGACUUUGAACAUCUGUUUAAUAUGUAAUUAUAAUGGUGCCGGAGAAGAUGGCUGCCGUUUUACAGCCCUCUAACCAAUUGUACUAUUAUGUGUGUUUUUCCGCGUUAUUUGUAAUUUAUUUUGUACAUAAUGUUUCUGCCAUCGUCUCUUAUAACCAAAAAGAGCUUCUGGAUAUCAGGACAGCGAUUACUCACCUCGUAUUGGACAAAGAUUUUUUCUUCAACGAGGCGGCCGCGAAGGAUAUCCUACAGACACCCGACAAGGCCCAAAUCCCCGUCAUUCGCGUGAGGAAGAGACGGAGAUAUCGUGGACGUAGGUCGGGGUGCCUUGUAAGGAUCCGACGGCGAGCGAGUAAACUGCCUCUUCUAUCAAUCCUAUUAGCCAAUCUUCAAUCAUUUGAGAAUAAAUUGGAUGACCUAAGAUUACGGUUAUCCUACCAACAGGACAUUAAAAACUGUAAUAUCUUAUGUUUCACCGAGUCGUGGCUGAACGUCGACAUGGACAACAUACAGCUAGCGGGCUAUACGCUACAUCGGCAGGAUAGAACGGCUGACUCCGGUAAGACAAGGGGUGGCGGUCUGUGUAUAUUUGUAAACAACAGCUGGUGCACAAAAUCAAAUACUAAGGAAGUCUCGAGGUUUUGCUCGCCUGAGGUAGAGUAUCUUAUGAUAAGCUGUAGACCACACUAUUUACCAAGAGAGUUUUCAUCUAUAUUUUUCAUAGCUGUCUAUUUACCACCACAAACCAAUGCUGGCAUUAAGAUUGCACUGAAUGAGCUGUAUAAGGCCAUAAGUGAACAGGAAAAUGCUCAUCCAGAGGCAGCGCUCCUAGUGGCCGGGGACUUUAAUGCAGGGAAACUUACAUCCAUUCUACCUAAUUUCUACCAGCAUGUUAAAUGUGCAACCAGAGGAAAAAAAACUCUAGACCACCUUUACUCCACACACAGAGACGCAUACAAAGCUCUCCCUCGCCCUCCAUUUGGCAAAUUUGACCAUAACUCUAUCCUCCUGAUUCCUGCUUAUAAGCAAAAACUAAAGCAGGAAGCACCAGUGACUCGGUUAAUAAAAAAAGUGGUCAGAUGACGCAGAUGCUAAGCUACAGGACUGUUUUGCUAGCACAGACUGGAACAUGUUCCGGGAUUCUUCAGAUAGCAUUGAGAAGUAUACCACCUCAGUCACCGGCUUCAUCAAUAAGUGCAUCGAUGAUGUCGUCCCCACAGUGACCGUACGUACAUACCCCAACCAGAAGCCAUGGAAUGCAACCAACAGCAACGGCCAAUGGAAAGAGUGGAUACACAGAUCUUACGCCUACAAACAAACAGAUUUUUCCAGCAAAUGUAUUUUUGAAAUAUUGCGAAAUACUUUCUAGCUGCUGCCUGCUGUUCUUUGACAGCCACAACUCAACCAAUCAGCAGUUUGACAGCCACAACUCAACCAAUCAGCAGUUUGACAGCCACAACUCAACCAAUCAGCAGUUUGACAGCCACAACUCAACCAAUCAGCAGUUUGACAGCCACAACUCAACCAAUCAGCAGUUUGACAGCCACAACUCAACCAAUCAGCAGUUUGACAGCCACAACUCAACCAAUCAGCAGUUUGACAGCCACAACUCAACCAAUCAGCAGUUUGACAGCCACAACUCAACCAAUCAGCAGUUUGACAGCCACAACUCAAUAAUCAGCAGUUUGACAGCCACAACUCAACCAAUCAGCAGUUUGACAGCCACAACUCAACCAAUCAGCAGUUUGACAGCCACAACUCAACCAAUCAGCAGUUUGACAGCCACAACUCAACCAAUCAGCAGUUUGACAGCCACAACUCAACCAAUCAGCAGUUUGACAGCCACAACUCAACAAUCAGCAGUUUUACAUUUGCUGCCCAAUUGCGGGAUUCCCGAC